GUCCUAAAGGCUGCACAAUUCAACACAUAUUUUUAUUUUAAACUAAAGGACUUAAGCCAAUAGUGUUGAUAGUUACAUUUAUUAUAUCUGAGUGAAAUAUUUUUGCAACACUGUUUUCUUUCCUAUUUUAUAAUAAAUGAUCUAAAUGUAAUAAUACACCGUUUUACCAUGGCUAUUAACUCAUUCACUGCCAGUGGUUUUCAAAGCAGUUCCCCAUAUUGCCAGCCAUCUUAGAGCAUUUUUACUGAUUUUUCAAGACUUUUGUGACAGUAUAAGCACCGAGUCUACCAAAGGAAAAAGUAGACCCUUUCUUUCAACAGACAAAAAAAAAAUGUUUUUCGCUUUUUCCAUUCUUCAGUAAUUAGCAGUAGAACAUGGGUUGGUCUCACCAAAACACCAGUUUCUGACUAAAAAGCAGAGAAAAUUAGCUUUAUGUGAAAAGAAACAUGUCAAGCAGAACAGUGACUGUGACGCUAAUAUUUUUUGCUUUUGUGACACCUCAAACUAUGAAACAUGCCCUGAGCGACACUGACUCACCGCAUGGCUCGAGUUGAACCCAUUGAGGGGUGUCGUCAUACUAAAACAGGCAGUAGACAAAAUGCAGAUGAACACAAACCAACUUACCUCAGUUCAUGCGGACCUGUGUCAGCUGUGCUUGUUAGCAAAGUGCUUCAAGCCGGCCCUGCCCUUCCUGGAGCUUGACAUGAUGGACAUCUGCAAGGAGAACGGAGCUUACGACGCAAAGCACUUUUUAUGUUACUACUACUAUGGUGGCAUGAUCUACAUGGGCCUCAAAAAUUUCGAUAGAGCACUGUAUUUUUAUGAACAGGCAAUAACCACUCCAGCCAUGGCAGUGAGCCACAUCAUGUUGGAAGCCUACAAGAAAUACAUCCUGGUCUCACUCAUUCUCCAUGGCAAAGUGCAACAGCUGCCCAAAUACACCUCACAAAUCGUAGGAAGGUUUAUCAAGCCCUUGAGCAAUGCCUACCACGAGCUGGCUCAGAUUUACACCACCAACAACCCGACCGAAUUGCGCAGCGUAGUCAACAAACACAGCGAGACGUUCACCCGAGACAACAACACGGGCCUGGUCAAACAGUGCCUCUCCUCCCUCUACAAAAAGAACAUCCAAAGGCUAACAAAGACUUUCCUGACACUGUCUUUGCAAGACAUGGCAAGUCGGGUGCAGCUUUCAGGGCCUCAGGAGGCAGAGAAAUACGUCUUACACAUGAUCGAAGAUGGUGAGAUUUAUGCUAGCAUUAACCAAAAGGAUGGCAUGGUGUGCUUCCACGACAACCCGGAAAAAUACAACAAUCCAGCAAUGCUACACAAAAUUGACCAAGAGAUGUUGAAAUGUAUAGAACUGGAUGAGAAACUAAAGUCAAUGGAUCAAGAAAUUACAGUAAACCCGCAAUUUGUGCAGAAGAGUAUGGGAACGCAGGAGGAUGAUGUUGGCAGCAAAACAUCAAGUUAUUCCUGAGGGGCCUCAGACUGCUGGAAAAUGCUGCAAGCCCCCCAACCCCCCCACCCCCCAAUACAUUCUUCCAUGGAUGCGUUGGAUGUUUUUUAAAAAGAGGAAAAAAAAAACAAAUAACAAAUAUUCUAUUGCAUAAGGACUUUGGUAAAGGAAAAUCUAAUUGUGUGGAAUGAUGUUGAAUUUGCUUACUCUUUCGUCACACUUUCUGAAGGAUAACAAAACGAUCUUUACAGAAAUGGAAAAAGAUUCUGAUUUUGUCAGUGUUUUAUUUAUCAAUGUUCAGGUUGGAGUGACACUGCUACGUUAUCACAAAACACAAUAAUAAAAACUGGAUUUGUUUGUUCCACGCAUUUGUGAAUAAUCUCACCGUUCUGCUGCAUGAUGGCUGUAACCAGAAGGUAUUACGAGGUAAUACAUUUAUGGCUCGCAAGGAAUAAAUUUGACUAUAAUCUACAUUUGUAACGACUACAAUGUUCGUUUCCCUCUGGCUUUUGGUUAGAAUGAAGAUGAUCACUAGCGAAUCUGUACACACAAGCAUGUCCUUCACCAAACCGGGUGCUAAGAGUCACAAUCUGGUGCACUGUAUUGUUUUCCUUUUUUUAAAUAGGUCAGAUCCACUAGAGGUCACUAUAGCACUGUACAGAAAAUCUUUUGACAGCUUGUUAUUUCAAGAGGCGAAGUCAACGGAUAUAACCAAACCGUCAUGUCAUUUGGUAUUGCAGUUGUGGAUCUGAAAUAAAUUGUUUAAGAAUUG